CCAGAAUUGAAUCGCUUCUCUACGGAGAAAAUACGUAGACGGCUUGUUACCAUUUGUUUACCAUUUUAUAAGUGUUUUCUUCAGGAUGGGUUCGACAUUAUAUUACUUUCAACUGGCACUGUAAAAUCUAAAGGUUCCCACUUAGUCUGAAUUAAUAAAUCAUUCAUAAGUAACAGAAUCCGACUUUAUUGCUUAGAGUAACUACUGUUAGCCAGCCCUGAAUAACCACAUCACGAACUUUUAAUUACUAUUUUUAAUAGUUGAAUUCAUGAGCCGAUCUGAGCUAGACCAUUAUUGAAACCCCCAAUCUGAUAAUUACUAUUUUGUUUACAUCAUAUAUAUCCGUCAACCAACCAAUCACAGCGUAACACAUAUCUGGAGUUGUAUAAAAUUCCACGUUAGAGUCUGACCUCUUAAGGAUGCGUUGGUUGUUGUCGUGCCUGUUUGUCGUCACAUCGGUGUCGUGUAGCAGGGUCCUUGAGCUCACUAAAGACAAUUUCCAUUCUGAGUUAAAGUCAAUCCCAGUUGCUCUGGUGAAGUUUUACGCUCCAUGGUGUGGUCACUGCAAAAACCUAGCUCCUGAGUUCGCUUCAGCCGCAGAAAUCAUAUCCGGGAAAACUGGCGAUGUUAAACUCGUUAAGGUUGACUGUACCGCCCACGAAAGUAUCUGCUCAGAAUUUGGAGUUAGUGGCUACCCUACUCUAAAAAUCUUCAGGAAUGGAGAUUUAGACAGUGAAUAUAAUGGUCCAAGGAAUGCAGAUGGAAUCGUCAAUUUUAUGAUGUCUCGAGCAGGACCUGUAUCCAAAGAAGUCAGCACUGUUAGUGAUGUCGAGAACUUCUUAUCAGACGACAAGCCAACUGUGUUUGCAUUUAUAAAAUCGUCUAGUGACCCAUUAAUGAAGACUUUCAUGGCUCUUGCAAAAUCAAUGGUCGACGACGCUGUAUUUUGUCAUAGUCAUAAUAAUCUUUUUGUAACUCCUGAUGACUACGAAUUGAGAGUCUACUUGCCUAAACGUCUUCGAACAAAGUUUGAGGAUGACUUCGCUCUUUAUAAAGGAGAACUUGAAUCUAGCAAUAUUAAGGAAUGGAUCCGUAAACAUGGCCAGGGACUGGUUGGUUACAGAACACCGUCAAAUUCAUUUUACUUCGAAAAUGUCGAUUUAGUAGUAUUAUACAAUAACCAAUCCGUAGAUUCAUAUCCAUCUGGAGUAAAGUAUCUAAGAAAUCGUGUUUUCAAAACACUUAAGGACAAUUCUAACAAAUUCAAGGAUUUGGUAUUCGCUUAUAGCUUCUCGGACGAUUUUUCUUAUGAACUAUCUGAGUAUGGUAUAGAAGCGGAUAAACUACCAGCAGUUGUAAUCCAAUCUAAAGGCAAGAAGUACAAGCUUGAGCAGUUUAGUCUUGAUGCAUUUUCUGAUUUUUUGAAUAAAUUUAAAGAUGGUCUUUUGACCCCACAUGUCAAGUCAGAACCUCUCCCAACAGACGACUCUAGUGCAGUUAGAAAGUUAGUUGCACUCAACUUUGAUGAGAUAGUAAAUAACGAGGAAAAGGAUGUAAUGGUCGUCUUUCAUGCUCCUUGGUGUGGUCAUUGUAAAAAUUUAAUGCCAAAGUACGAGGAAGCAGCCAGUAAACUAAAAAAUGAACCAAAUUUAGUCUUGGCUGCUAUGGAUGCAACCGCCAAUGACGUCCCUUCGCCUUAUCAAGUCAGGGGAUUCCCAACAAUCUAUUUCGUCCCUAAAGGAAAGAAAUCUUCACCUGUACCUUACGAGGGUGGUCGUGACACUACUGACAUCAUCAAAUAUCUUGCACGCGAAGCUACUGAAGAACUUAAUGGGUACGACAGAUCAGGCAAUCCAAAGAAAAGUGAUCUAUAGGUUGUCUUUAAUAAUCUUAUUUUUCGAAACAUUGUAUUCUACUUUCCCAUUUUUAUUGAUUGUUUGGUAAAUCAUAAUUGUCAUGUAUUUCAACAUUUAGUUGGUAAUAAACCUGUUUUUUUG